AUGGAGGCGAAGGCAGCAGAACUAUUGGCGGCCUUCAAGAACCCCAACCUGUCUGUUGAUUCAAAGAUCGCCUACCUCUCUAGUGUCAAAUCCGAUAUCAAACAGAAAAAUGUCCCCGAAGGAGCGAUUCGCCCCAUUUUUGAAACUUUGCGCCUCGCCAUCGGCUCCCAACACUACUCUGUUCUUGGGGCGGGGUUCUCCACACUUGGCCAUCUCCUGAAGCGCCUGGCAAUCCAAGAUCAGGAGCAAUGGAUUGUUCAUCAGGCGCAGAGCUUGUAUCCUACUCUUUUGGAGCGUCUCAAUGACCCAAAAGAACGUAUAAGAGCCCAGGCUGCAUCGAUAUUCACCGAACUGUGGCCAUUUGCAGGAAAUGAAGUCGAAUACCAUGUGCUAGAAGUUGCACUUGUUGGGAAAAAUCAUCGGGCGAAAGAAACGAGCAUGCUUUGGCUGGCAAAUAUGACGAAGCACCAUGGUUUGUUGUUCCGCCAAUAUGUCCCUUCCCUAGUUUCGUGCUUAGAGGACGCCGAUAGCGCCGUUCGAGAUACGGCUAAGUUGGUCGUGAUCGAUCUGUUCCGAACCGGCCCCGCAAGAGCGAAGUCGGACCUACAAAAGCAAAUGGCGGCACGCGGUGUGAGGAAAUCUAUCGCGAAUGCUAUCCUUUCUGGAAUUGGUUUAGGGUCUGUUGAACCCGACACUGCAUCCUCUACGCGCCCAAUCUCUCGCGCUGAACGCUCGAUUUCGGUGAUGUCCUCACGUUCACAUGCUAUGGAACAGACUGAUGAUGAGAUGGAGCCCGUGAAGCCCCGCCCAGCUUCUAGAGCUAACCGUGAGAGACCAAUAGCCUCAUCCGCACCUACAGAACCACCCAUUGUGAACCGACCCCGAACACCGGCCCCGGCACCAGCAUCCCAGGAACCAUUGCCAGAUGAUGAUGGUUUAGAACCGUUUGAUGUUGCCUCGGCAAGGGACGUUGAUGAUCUUGUGCGCGAUAUGCUACCCUGGUUCGAGGGAAGAGAAUCUGAGGACAAUUGGUCAAAGCGUGAAAAGAAUGUGAUUCUUUUCCGUAGACUAACUCGAGGCAAUGCGCCGCACGACUUCUCUCAGACCUAUAUCAAUGCAGUAAAGACACUCCUUGAUGGUAUCUUGAAGGUUGUCAACUCUUUACGAACCACAAUGUCUAGCAACGGCAGUCUCUUGAUCCAAGAUAUUGCCCGAACAUGUGGCCCUAAAAUUGACCCAAUGGUCGAGAUAAUCAUGCAGAACCUAUUGAAGCUUUGCUCGGCGCUGAAAAAGAUCGCCGCCCAGAACGGAAAUGCCACUGUCGAAGUCGUCAUUCGAAAUGUUUCAUUUAGCGUUCGCCUUCUGCAGCACGUUUCUUUCGCAACCCAGGAUAAAAAUGUUGCAGUGCGUCAGUUUGCUAUAGGCUGGCUAAAAGCUUUGAUUAUCCGCCAGGCGCAUCAUAAAAGCGCAGUUGAACAUGGCGGUGGCCUUGAUCUUGUCGAGAAGUCGAUUACGAAAGGAUUGGGAGAUGCCAACCCUGGUGUGCGCGAAGCAACAAGGAGUACCUUCUGGACGUUCUACAGCGUGUGGCCGGAGAGAGCCAAUAUGAUAGCGGACACCCUCGACCCCAAGUCACGAAACCUGCUGGAAAAGGAUCCAUCGAACCCCAACCCCCCUUCAAAAGGUGCACCUGCAUUGUCUGCAAAGAGCCCCGCCAAGAGUCGCUCCGCUCUACAAGAAGCUAUUGCUGCUCGGAAGAAGGCCCAGAUGCCUUCUCGACCCGAGUCGGCUCAGCCAACCUUUGCCGAGGCGAAGCCACCUGUUCCUACCUCCAAGUCAACCCGGAGUGUACCCACUGGGGCUCCUCUCUCGUCUCUAUCUUCUGCACCUAUGAGACCCGCCAUGAAGCCUCGACGACCGGAACUGAGUCGUCCUGCAACUGCAGACCCAUAUGCUCGUCGUCCUGAGUCACGAGCCCAGUCUAGUACCCAGUCUACGCGACAAGCGACAACUUCUCCCCGGGCUAUUAGAUCCACCAAGCCUUCAACACCUACAUCGAAGGCCCCUCUAACAGCACCUCGCACUCGCCCGCAUGAGUCAGCGCAAGCUGCUUCAGCGAAGGGCAGGCCGAAGAAACUCGAUUUAUCGAAGUCCAAGUCUCACAACGAUCUCAUGGCUGCCAGUCGCGCUCGCAGUGACUCGAACGAAAGUCUUAUCAACCAGCCAUCUGCAAGAAGUCCGCGUCACGGGAAUUACCUCUCCCCGUCCGAGGACCACCAUUCCUCAGCCCCUGUCUCGUUGGAAAGUCCUCCCCUUCAUGCAUCUCAACCUCUUCUGUACUCAGCACCGGAUGGCCCUCACGCGGAUUCGGUUCCUAUUGAAGACCCGGAACCAACGAUAGAAGAGCCAGAAGCAAUGAUACAGGAGGAACCUGUCGUUGCCGCCCCUCCACCUUUCAUCCCCGAACCCGAUCUUGCAAUGUCUCCCGCGCCUGUGUCUCCUGCUCGCCAGCAUAUAAAUCUGGCCUUUGGUGCUGGACCUGCAUCUGCUGUCAAACCCCAGCCUGAGUCAAUGGUAAUCUACGAAGAUCCUACUACGCCCACCGCGGAGAAACAUGAGGAUGUUGACUACGUCGCCUCGGUUGGAAAGAUUUCCCCUUCAAAAUCGUCCUCUAGCCGCCAUGAUCAACCUGAACAUAGUGAAGCAGAGGAUCACCCCAUUUCUGAGGACAUCCCAGCCUCGGUGGCUGCUUCGGCUAGGAAGCCUACACCUGAUUUGGCCCCCAAGCAGGACUCUAGUAUGAACUUUGAACUUCGAACUCCAUCUCCAACACGCCGGGCACCGCUGCAACCAAGCCCGUCACCAACGAGGGGUCGUGUCCAACCAGCGGCUUCUAAUGCCAUGGAUAUCGAGGCCCCGCUUCCCCAAGAGUCCCACAUGGGAACGAAUUUGAUCGAUGGCAACAACGAAAAUUCGACUCCUCUUCUGACCAAGACUGUAGACUUGCCUGCAGUCCCGCGGUCUGCAGCUAAGCCGACUGCCCUUGAAGAAGUGACUGCAAACGAACCUACACCGCGUUCGCCAGAGGUGAGGCAGAGAUUAGUCGAAUCAUUGUCUCAAUCAACACUAUCCCAGUCAACAAUGUCUGACGAUUCCACACGACGUACUCGAAAGUGGCUUGAUCGUCAACGCAGCCCUAGCCCACGUUCAAAGGACCCAGUUAAUGCCAGGGAGAUGAUCCAUAAAGGCCUAGCUCGCAUUCUCUCGAGAACCAUGGAGCCUUCGGGUUAUCGGAAGCUGCAGGGACUCAUCCAAUACCACGGCGAUGAGAUUGUGUCCCAAAGCGAGGACUACAAUUCGUUGCUGGAAGCUCUAUUCGAUGAACUGGAAGCGACGCCUUCCAACCGCAAGGAUCAUGACGUGAAGACCCAGGUUUUGGCCACUAUCCGUUCCAUGCUUCUACGGACCCGCGAGCAUUUCCACCCCUACGACACUCGCGCCAUGGCAGCUAUUAUUCGGGCCCGCCGACACUACGAGUCCACUUCCCACUUUGUUACUUGCCUGGAGGAAGUGGCAGAUAAACUUGUAUUUUUGACCUUGCCCGAGACUGCGAUUGUCGGUGUUCUGCAAGGAUUGGAUCUUGGAGCGGAAGCAGAGAAUGAUGAGACCUACAGGUCCACCAUUAUGGGCUUGAGUACCAUCCAGCAGUCGCUAUCGCGUCCUGGUGUUGAUAUCGACGAUGAGCUUCUGGCUCGAAUCGGUGCUGUCGUGAUGCAACAGCUCGGGCACCCUCGCCCUGGUGUCAGAAAGAAUGCCACUGAGCUCUGCACAUUCUUGAACAUCACCUUCGGGUCCGAGCGAGUGCAAAAAGUCACGCAGCCUCCCCGUGAAGGAUCACUUAACCUUCUGACCUACUUUAUGGCCCGACGGACUCAGUAA